GUCAUAUCAGCAGUCAUCAAUUUUGCAGAUUGUGUCGCAGUUUUUAUCAACAAACAAAAGAGUCAUACUUCAUAGAGACAUUAAUACCAUUAUUGUUUUGAAAAGGAUUUAUAAAUUUUAUUGCGAUGGCUUUGACAAAUGUUUUGCUGCUAAGCCAAAUAGCGGGCUACGUGAUCGGCCUUAUUUUGUCUCUAUGUAUAAUUGUUCCUAUGAGCAUGCACCAGGAUGAGUUCAGUGGGCACUGUCUGCUCUUCUCCAAAGGAACCUGGCAAGAGGAAGAUGGCCAGCUACUUGUGAUGUGGGCCUCUCGUGCAUAUUGCAACUAUGUCAUUGUGGUUGGAGUGAUCAUGUUUAUAGUAUGCAGUGUACAAAUAUACAGACUGUCGGUGUUCAUGUACCGUGGCACAGAUAGCUCGUUCUUGUCGGCUUUUAUCGAAGCAGCAGUGUGCGCGCUGCUGUGUGCGCUGGGCGUUUCUUCUGCCGUGCUCGUCACGCUCGGCUUCAUGACAUGGUGCCAGAACAUUGUGGAGCGGUUCCCGAGUUGUGAGGAUGCGACCGGCCAAGAUAUAGAUAAAAAAGACAAAAUAUUAACACAUGGAUUCUACAUUGAACUUGGAACCGCUCAAUUCGGCGCGUGGGGCGCGUUCGCGACGUGGGUGGGGCUCGCCGUGUUCUCCACGCUCAAGGUGUGUCGCUACCACCAGCUGCAGAACAUACAGGUGUCCAUGUACCGCGAGCGGCAGAGGCUCGUCAACGAGGGAGGGUCCACCCCGCCCCACCACUAACUGCAGCACGCUGAAGAAGUCAGUGCCAAUACGUCCAAAGCGUCCCAUAUGCCAUCUCACUCGCACACGUCCGCCCCGAGGGAGACGGGAAGAGAUGUAUUCUUGAAUAAGAAAUAGGAAUGCUGUUGAUUCCAUAUCUCGCUUAACAGUGAAGACUCCUCUUCGCCAGAUUUUUAUGAAAUUAUGAAAUCUUCUCGCAUAAAAUAAGCGAUGUAUAUAUAUAUAUUGUAGCUUAAAUGUUUAUUUCGCAUUAAUUCAUUGUUUCAUACAUUGUCCAGUUAAAAAAAUAUAAAAUUAGAGUUUGUAAUAAAUUUAUGUACUAAAAUAUACUCUGUAAAUAUAGCUUAGUUUAAUAUAAAAUAUUAACUUUGUUUAGGCUGCGUAUAUCGAUGUGGCAAUGUUGUUCGGAGCCCUGGGACUGGGCUUCCGUUCCUACGGUAGUAGGUAAUGAGAUCAUGCACUAAAUUGUUAUGAGAUUUCAAUAACUGUAACAACAAUUGUAGUGAUUUUAAAUUUACAAACGUACGGCUUCACUUCAAAAUGUUGUGUAACGUGUGAACACUGUAUACUCUAUUCCAAUCAUAACAGGAAAAAAGCCAAAUAAACAACAUUUGACAGCAAAUUGACGCGAUAUCAUUGGUCGAGAGCUUGAUUAAUCUAUCACUAUGGUUUUGUGAAAAAAUGGCGUAAUGAACGUCCACGAAACUUUUAUCAGCAUUUUGUAAGUAAAAUUAAAGUGAAAAUAAGUAGUUCAGUGUAAUAGUGUUGUAUUAUAAAUAAAUAUAUAUUAAUCAUAAACUCUCAGUAGUGCACAACAUAGCUGAGUUAUUAGUAAAUCGCAUGAAAUACGUGAUUCUAAGGUUUAUUUUUUAUCCUAUUUCCAUUGGAAUAGGCUAUGUGCUCUUUCUGUUUUUAUGGGUUUCGCCGUUUGAAAGAGAAAGAUAACAUUAACUAAUCCCAUUGAACAACAUUUUAGGUAGAACCGUAAGCCAUUACUCUAGAAACGUAUAAAUAUUUAUUGUAUAAACUUUUAAAUAGAGCUAAAUUAGUAAUAUAUAUAUAUUCGUAUAGAUAAGGGAAAUUAUUUAUUUAUUUAAACUUAGAAGUCAUCGCUGUACUAUAAUGUGUUUUUAAAGAAGGUUAUCAGUUUUAUUUUUGUACAAAUUUUCCUAUACCUAUUAACCUCGCCUAUUGUAAAUUGUAUUUUUUUUUUCGUUGAUAUGGAAAUAAUGAAUGGCCCCUAGCUUAUAUAUGUAUAUUAGGUCAAGAGCAAUCAUAUUUUAUUAAAAAAACUCGAAUGACUUAACAUCGUGGUUUUGCGUCAUUCGAUGUCGUAUGGAGAACGGAUUUUAAUUACUCCUGCUAUAUUGAAUUGAUCAACCAUUGCGUAAGAGUGGACACUAUGUACGUCGUGUCGUUUGUCUUCGACCCAUUUAUAGCAAAUUACAAUACCGCUUUUAGGUGAUGACUAUUGUAAAUGUUGCCAACUUUAAAAAAUACUAUUAAUGUUAACAAAAUGUCAGCUGUAUUUAUUCAUAUAUAUAUUAUUACACCAAGUUUUUCGUUAUAGAAAAUAAUGUUCUGUAGUUACCACUGGUAUUAAUGGAUUAAUAAAAAAAAAAACAAUGCUCUCGAUGACAUUUUUGAACCUUGUAGUGUUUUUUAUUUACAUGGAAUUAUUUAUCUGGUACAUUUUAGACUUUAAUAAAAUAAUUUUCAUUUUCUCUCCUAACUUAAUAUACAGGUCUGCAUUUGGCGUAGGUUAUCCUAAAUCAAUAGUCAGUUUUUAAUUCAGUUUCACUGACUCGAAAAUUUAUAAAAGGCUGUUGAAAAUGAAUGUGUCAAAAAAUAUCCUAGAUUAUAAUGUUAUACUAGGUGAAGCGGUCACUCUAAUAAUAAAGUAACCCAUUGGUAAUCCAAUAAUAUAUUCUGUAUAUCGAACAAGGAGGAUGUAAAUGUUGAUAUUACUGAAGUGCAAUACAUCAAUAUUAAAAAAUAUGUUCUGUACUAUUCCACGAAACGAGCUUUCAAUGAAAAUUGCCUCUGUGCGCCCAUUGUCCAAAUCUCUGACACAUUUUUGAGAUUCGUCCGCGCACAGCGAUGAAUGAGAUCCGCGGGCGGACAGAGUUUUUUCGACUCGUGGAAUGGACUAUACUUUUAUUUAAAUUAAAUAAAAUCAAAUGUGAUUAUUAUAUAUGAUAUUAAA